GGGCUCAGUGCGCGGUGGCGGCGGCGGCGGCGCGGGCAGCUGACGCCGCGCGGUCCAGCUCGGCCGGGCGCACCGAGCACUGAGCCCGGGCGGACGGCCGGAGGGACGAGGCGCAGGCGCUGGGCCGGCGCGCGGCGGGCGCGAUCCAGAGCCGCGCUCAGCGAGUCGGGCGCCCGGGGCCGCCAGACUCCGCAACGGCGCCCUCCUCCCGCCGGUGCUAGAGCCGGGCCAUGGGGGGCAGCAUGCUGGCGCGCGCCGCCUGAGGACGCCGCACCCCCCGCCCCCGCGAUGGGCGCCCCGGCUAGCGUCCUCGCGUUUUGCGUGGCAGUGGCGGUCAUGACCGGCGCAGUCCUCGGUUCCCUGGGCGUGGAGCCCCGCGUCGCGCGGAGAGCGGCAGAGGUCCCAGGCCCCGAGCCCAGCCCGCAGGAGCGGGCCUUUGGCAGUGGGGACACCGUGGAGCUGAGCUGCCGCUUGCCGGCGGGGGCGCCCACGGAGCCCACCAUCUGGGUGAAGGACGGUGUGGGCCUGGCACCCUCGGACCGCGUCCUGGUGGGGCCGCAGCGGCUACAGGUGCUCAACGCCUCCCACGAGGACGCUGGGGCCUACAGCUGCCGCCAGCGCCUCUCCCAGCGGGUGCUGUGCCUCUUCAACGUGCGCGUGACAGACGCCCCGUCCUCGGGGGACGACGAAGAUGAGGACGACGAGGCCGAGGACACAGCAGGGGCCCCUUACUGGACGCGGCCCGAGCGGAUGGACAAGAAGCUGCUAGCGGUGCCGGCCGCCAACACGGUUCGCUUCCGCUGCCCGGCUGCUGGCAACCCCACGCCGUCCAUCACCUGGCUGAAGAACGGCAAGGAGUUCCGGGGCGAGCACCGCAUCGGGGGCAUCAAGCUGCGGCACCAGCAGUGGAGCCUGGUCAUGGAGAGCGUGGUGCCCUCGGACCGCGGCAACUACACUUGCGUCGUGGAGAACAAGUUCGGCAGAAUCCAGCAGACCUACACCCUGGACGUGCUGGAGCGCUCUCCGCACCGCCCCAUCCUACAGGCGGGGCUGCCCGCCAACCAGACCGCCGUGCUGGGCAGCGACGUGGAGUUCCACUGCAAGGUCUACAGCGACGCCCAGCCCCACAUCCAGUGGCUGAAGCACGUGGAGGUGAACGGCAGCAAGGUGGGGCCCGACGGCACGCCCUACGUCACUGUGCUCAAGACGGCGGGCGCUAACACCACCGACAAGGAGCUAGAGGUUCUAUCCUUGCGCAAUGUCACCUUUGAGGACGCGGGGGAGUACACGUGUCUGGCGGGCAAUUCUAUCGGGUUUUCCCAUCACUCUGCGUGGCUGGUGGUGCUGCCAGCCGAGGAGGAGCUGGUGGAGGCCGGUGAGACUGGCGGUGUGUUUGCGGGCGUCCUCAGCUAUGGGCUGGGCUUCCUCCUCUUCAUCCUGGCCGUGGCCUCAGUGACGCUCUACCGCCUGAGGAGCCCACCCAAGAAGGGCCUGGGCUCGCCCGCAGUGCACAAGGUCUCCCGCUUCCCGCUCAAGCGACAGGUGUCCUUGGAGUCCAGUUCGUCUAUGAGCUCCAACACGCCGCUGGUGCACAUCGCCCGGCUGUCUUCGGGCGAGGGCCCCACCCUGGCCAACGUCUCUGAGCUCGAGCUGCCCGCCGACCCCAAGUGGGAGCUGUCCCGGGCCCCGCUGACCCUGGGCAAGCCUCUCGGGGAGGGCUGCUUCGGCCAGGUGGUCAUGGCAGAGGCCAUUGGCAUCGACAAGGACCGAGCUGCCAAGCCCGUCACGGUGGCGGUGAAGAUGCUGAAAGAUGACGCCACGGAUAAGGACUUAUCGGACCUGGUGUCCGAGAUGGAGAUGAUGAAGAUGAUCGGAAAACACAAGAACAUUAUCAACCUGCUGGGCGCCUGCACGCAGGGCGGGCCCCUGUACGUGCUGGUGGAGUACGCGGCCAAGGGCAACCUGCGGGAAUACCUAAGGGCGCGGCGGCCCCCGGGCACUGACUACUCCUUCGACACCUGCCGGCUGCCCGAGGAGCAGCUGACCUUCAAAGACCUGGUGUCCUGCGCCUACCAGGUGGCGCGGGGCAUGGAGUACCUGGCCUCGCAGAAGUGCAUCCAUAGGGACCUGGCGGCCCGCAACGUGCUGGUGACCGAGGACAACGUGAUGAAAAUCGCCGACUUCGGCCUGGCCCGUGACGUGCACAACCUCGACUACUACAAGAAGACCACCAACGGUCGCCUGCCCGUGAAGUGGAUGGCACCCGAGGCCUUGUUUGACCGCGUCUACACCCACCAAAGUGACGUCUGGUCCUUCGGGGUCCUGCUCUGGGAGAUCUUCAUGCUGGGGGGCUCGCCGUACCCCGGCAUCCCCGUGGAGGAGCUCUUCAAGCUGCUGAAGGAAGGACACCGCAUGGACAAGCCGGCCAACUGCACGCAUGAUCUGUACAUGAUCAUGCGUGAGUGCUGGCACGCCGCGCCCUCGCAGAGGCCCACUUUCAAGCAGCUGGUGGAAGACCUGGACCGCGUUCUCACCGUGACGUCCACCGACGAGUACCUGGACCUGUCAGUGCCCUUCGAGCAGUACUCGCCAGGCGGCCAGGACACCCCCAGCUCCGGCUCCUCGGGAGACGACUCCGUGUUCGCUCACGACCUGCUGCCCCCGGCCCCACCCGGCAGCGGGGGCUCGCGGACGUGAAGGGCCGCGGCCGGCUGGCCGAGCCCCCAUCAAUGUGAGAACAGACCCCAGCUGCCGCUGGCGUGCCGUGAUCACCGGGUCCCGCUGGGUCCCGCCGGCCCGGGCCCAAGACCUGGAACGGGUGGACGGAUGGACAGACAACGUCACGUGUGUGUGUGUGGGCGUGUGUGUGGGCGUGCGUGCACACACGCAUGUGCUCUGGGGUCCCUGGGGUGUUCGCCCUGCUGUACGGUGACCUCCUGGCCACCUGGACGGGCAGCACCAGGGGACCAAACGUAGAAUGUAAGGGGCUCCUCCCAUGGGACCCCUCAGGACAGGCGCUGGGCCCCUCCCCGAGCUCCCUGCCCCGCCCGCAGUCCCCCACAGGGAGCCCCGGGGGGCUGGCCAGGCUCCGGUGUCCAGAGCGGGUCGAGGCCCCUCCAAGUGCCCAAGCUGAGCCUACAGGGAAGCCCCCAUGUGGCGCACCUCCCCCCCAAGUGGCACCUUCUGCCUGGGGUGUUAGCAGCCCCCCACCUCCAGGCCUCCCCACUCCCCACCCCGCCCCCCCAGAGACUGAAAUUACGGGUACCUGAAGGCGGGAGCCUUUAACUUCUAUCUGAAAGGUUUAUUCCAGAAAUGAGUGUACAUUUAUAUAAAUAGAUGCUGUGUAUAUGAUAUAC